CACAUCCCAAAUAACCACCACCCCCCCCCAUUUACCUUUUGUACAGCAAGCCACUUUACUUCGACAUUCCUAACAACGCAGGGGAAUUGCUCAGUACACACCGACCCAGAAAACUUUCCGCUGUGCUUUUGACAAGACAGUGGAUCGUUGAGCAGCAAUUAUUACCGAGCCGCAUUUCCAGACCGACAAUUCCCACCCCUUCCGGAACGGCUGUAUAACUCACAUUCCUCGAAAUUCUCCUACUCCGCCAUCAUGUCAGGUACAAUGUACGACGAGCACGUUUAUGCACCCUCACGGCGCCAUUCAGUUGCUACUCCUCCGCCAUCCAUGACUCCACGACAUAGUCGGACCCGCAGUCAAAGUGUCAGAGUUAGCAACGGCACCGUGAGCACAAAUACAAGCGUUUCGAGUGGGAGGAUGUCGGAAGCUACAAAUAUUACACAUCCGCCUGCGUAUUCCAAGAAGUUUGUUGUGGUUGGCGAUGGUGGAUGUGGAAAGACGUGCCUUUUGAUCAGUUAUUCCCAAGGUUAUUUCCCAGAGAAAUAUGUUCCUACUGUGUUCGAGAACUACAUCACACAAACCACCCACCGAGCCUCGGGCAAGACGGUUGAAUUAGCCCUCUGGGAUACAGCUGGACAGGAAGAAUAUGACCGCCUGCGUCCACUGUCAUAUCCGGAGACGGACCUGUUAUUUGUUUGCUUUGCAAUAGAUUGCCCUGCAUCUUUGGAAAACGUUAUGGACAAGUGGUAUCCUGAAGUCCUGCACUUUUGUCCCACUACCCCGCUCAUUCUGGUUGGGUUGAAGUCAGAUUUGCGCUCGAAGAGAACGUGUAUCGAACUUCUAAAGACCCAGGGUCUAACGCCUGUGACGCCGGAACAAGGUGAGGCGGUGGCGCGCAGGAUGAAUGCCUCUUACAUUGAGUGUAGUAGCAAAGAAAUGCGCGGCGUCGACGGCGUCUUCUCCCUGGCGGUCGAUACCGUUGUCUCUGCCGAGGAACAAGACUGGAAUGACCGCCAGACGUCUUCUACUCCCGGAAGCAAACCUAAAGUCGGUGGUGGAGGCGGAGGAAAGAAGGUCAAAAAGCGUUCCUGCAAGAUUCUGUAGACUUUGGUCUUCUUUUGAUGUUUGUCUGGUCAUGAUCAUCUGCCCUUUUGGUUUCGCCUAUUCUUCCUCUUGCGAUGUCUGUUUUUCUGCCAUUCCUGUUAUGCCGAGUGAGAAGCCUGGUUGCUUCGACGGUUUCCCCACGCUUUUUGUAUGUGACAUGACAUGACAUGACCAAGAGGCCAUGAAGAUGAAAGACACUGCCUGAUGCAACUGUGUCUGCUACUUUGCCCUCUACCUACCCUUUCCACCUAUACAUGCCGGCGGCUUCUUGACUUUUGCUUCCUCCAUGUUGCUAUACCUGUUUCGACCCUGAUGACUGUUUCCCUCAAUCACCAUUACUCUUAUCAUCAUAUCCUUUCCACCCCUUCGAUUUGGCGAUUGACUUUUUUCUCACUGUGUCUGAAUGCUUGAUGUUGUCACGAAUUUGGUCUGUUGGCCACUCUUUUGCCAUGCAUGGGAUGGGUGUUUACUGGCGCAAGCGAAAAUCCC